GAGAGGAGGGGCAGGCGGCCCGCGGGAGGGAGGGGCGGCGGUGCGCCCGCGGCACGGAGCCCGCUCGGCUGCGGCCUGCGCCCUGUGUCCUGCGCCCUGUGCCCUGCGCCCAGCCCCGCUCCGCUCCGUCCCGUUCGCCGCGGUGGAGUCGGCGCCCCCCUGCCCCGGCGGGAGCGUGGAGCGGGCGGGCCGCGGCCAUCUCGGUCUGUUAACGUGCAGCCGAGCCGGUGCUGAUUCCGGGUCGGGACCCAGUGCCCCGCGAAGCUGGGAGGAGCUGGUUAGAGACCGCGUGGAGGGAGGAGGCGGGGGAGACAAGCGCGGCCCGGCAGGGGUGCACACGCCGGCUUUGCACACUGCUCACCAGCUACGGAAAGGAAUAAUGCUGUCAGCAUGUCUGCUCACUCCAUGCUCUGUGAACGAAUCGCCAUAGCCAAGGAACUGAUCAAGAGAGCAGAGUCACUUUCAGGCUCAAGAAAAGGUGGCAUAGAAGGGGGUGCAAAGCUGUGCAGCAAAUUGAAGGCAGAAUUAAAAUUUUUACAGAAAGUAGAAGCUGGGAAAGUAGCUAUUAAAGAAUCUCAUUUGAAAAGCACGAAUCUAACACAUUUGAGAGCCAUUGUGGAAUCCGCAGAAAACCUGGAAGAAGUUGUUAGCGUUCUUCACGUCUUUGGUUACACAGACACCUUGGGAGAAAAGCAGACCCUUGUGGUGGAUGUCGUGGCAAAUGGUGGCCAUACUUGGGUGAAAGCCAUUGGCCGGAAGGCUGAAGCACUGCAUAACAUCUGGCUGGGCAGGGGCCAGUAUGGUGACAAAAGCAUCAUUGAGCAGGCCGAAGACUUCCUCCAAGCCAGUCACCAGCAGCCCGUGCAGUACAGCAACCCCCACAUCAUCUUUGCAUUUUACAACAGUGUCUCCAGCCCUAUGGCAGAGAAGCUGAAGGAAAUGGGUGUAUCUGUGAGGGGAGACAUAGUGGCAGUGAACUCUCUAGAUCACCCUGAAGAGCUUCAGCUGAGUGAGAGUGAAUCUGAUGAGGAGGGCCUGGAACUUUUACAAGUGACCAGAGUAGACCGAGAAAAUAUCCUAGCGAGUGUUGCAUUUCCAACAGAGAUUAAGGUUGAUGUGUGUAAAAGAGUCAAUCUGGACAUUACUACCUUAAUCACCUAUGUGUCUGCUCUCAGCUAUGGAGGUUGCCACUUUAUCUUCAAAGAAAAAGUGCUCACGGAACAAGCAGAACAAGAGAGGAAAGAGCAGGUUCUACCUCAGCUAGAGGCAUUCAUGAAGGACAAGGAGUUGUUUGCCUGCGAAUCUGCUGUCAAGGAUUUUCAGUCUAUUCUAGAUACCUUAGGAGGACCUGGGGAGAGAGAGAGGGCUGCUGUUCUAAUUAAGCGAAUCAGUGUGGUACCAGACCAGCCUUCCGAGCGUGCCUUGAAACUAGUGGCCAGUUCAAAAAUUAACAGCCGUUCAUUAACGAUUUUUGGGACAGGAGACACCUUAAAAGCCAUCACGAUGACUGCCAAUAGUGGUUUCGUCAGAGCUGCAAACAACCAAGGUGUUAAAUUUAGUGUGUUUAUCCAUCAGCCUAGAGCACUUACUGAGAGUAAAGAGCCUCUAGCCACCCCCUUACCAAAAGUCUACACAAAGGACAGUGAACAUUAGUGGUAUCCUUUAAAAAUUGUCAUGGAAAUAAGUUAUUUUUACCAAAGGCUGAGUCUUCCCAUGUAAAUUGUGGGGAAUAAGGUCUGUAGCAAAGUAAUACUUAGAACUCUGAAGCCAGAAUUUCGUUAUGUAUGUCAUCUGUAUUUAAAGUGUAUGAUCUAAAGUAGAUAAAGCACAAGAGAUAACCUUAUUUAUCAAGCUGUCUACAUUAUAGCAAUUAUAUGCAUAAGACUUUUGGAUGUCUCACAAUACUUCUGUUUGAUUCAGUAGGGUUGCAGUCUCCCUGUUGCUAAUCACAUUUCAUGGAAUAUGGCCACACUGCAUCUUUCAUUCAUUAAAUCCUUGGUGAAAUCUCUGAA